UCCGGAACAGACUGCACUGAAUCACAGAAGCGAGUCUGCUGAUGGACUUGCACUGAAGUUUGCGUGCAUUAUUAAGCCACAAUGCAUUUCUUUUUAUAAUUAAUGUAAAAGUAAAAUGGAAGUCAUUUAAUUUUUUUUUACAGAAUUGUUUGCUAAAUAAUAUUCGUGUGGUUUUAGACAGUUCUGCAGAAAUGGAUGUGAGGGCUGUAAACACCAUGGUCUUUACAGUCAUACUUUUAUGGAGUAACAUUAUGUUGUGUGUAACAGCUGAUGAGAGUAUGGUAUUGGUUCCUAGUGGGACCAUGAAGAUAGGAACAAACGCUGCUGAUGGACGAGAUGGUGAAUCUCCUGCCAGAGCUGUGAAAGUCGAGACAUUCAAGCUGGACAAAUAUCCUGUAACUAACUCCGAUUUUAGGGAAUUUGUCAGAUUGCAGAAAUACAAAACAGAGGCUCAAACAUUUGGAUGGAGUUUUGUUUUCCAGGAUUUUGUGUCUGAGGAGCUGAAAAGCAAAAUCACUCAGAGAAUUGAGUCUGCACCCUGGUGGUUGCCAGUUGAGAAAGCAUUUUGGAGACAGCCAAGUGGACCAAAUUCAACCAUCAAAGACUGUCUAGACUCUCCGGUGGUGCAGGUGAGCUGGAACGAUGCUCAGGCUUACUGUAAGUGGAAGAAGAAGAGGCUGCCGAGUGAAGAGGAGUGGGAAAUAGCUGCACGCGGGGGGCUGGAUGGAAGGACGUACCCCUGGGGUAACAAGUUCCUCCACAAUCGCACCAAUUUGUGGCAGGGGUCUUUUCCAGAAGGAGACACAGCUGAAGAUGGGUAUCAUGGUGUAGCUCCUGUAACUGCAUUUCCUCCACAAAAUAAUUAUGGACUGUAUGAUAUGUUGGGUAAUAUUUGGGAGUGGACGUCUACACGUUUUACUUCGCCUCAGAUCAUGUAUGUUCUGCGCGGGGCAUCAUGGAUUGACACGGCUGAUGGAUCAGCCAAUCACAGGGCACGUGUCACCACUCGAAUGGGCAACACACCAGAUUCAGCAUCGGACAACUUGGGCUUUCGCUGUGCUUCGGAUUUCAAGACCAAAAAACAGAGCAAGAGCAAAGCAAAAACUGAGUUGUGAGGAUUUAACAGAUGAAUUAAUAGUUAUGUCAGCAGUCAGACACUUUGAUAAUGCAUCUCUCCUGUGGAGACCAGAACCAAACAGUGAUUAUAGAAAUUCCUUCCACUUUACUUCCACUUGACACUGAAAAUAAAAAUCUACCUUUUUAGGCAUCA